ACUUCGACGUCGUGUGUGUCCAUCCUCGUGUACGAGUGGAGCUUUGCUUCCUUCUUGCCAGUUGGAUGCGGCUUGGAGUCGGCUUUCGCUUCAGAGCGGAAAACAAAUUUUUCAUGAUUUUCUUUCUUCCCAACACGCGCGGGUGAGUGCGUUUACAGCCAGCGCAUGAACUAGUUGCGGACGUUUCCGAGUUCUUUCACCAGACAAUCUAAAGGUGAACAUUAGCACUGAGAGACUGCAGAAAUCCGCCUCAUGAAUUUCGUCAGCGACUUCGAUUUGAUGAAGUUGGGCGUAAAAAAGGAGACGAUGCAGGCGAUCGAGCGCACCCUCAUCGGGCCGUGCAACCAGCUCCACAGACCCGACUCGGUGUCCUCCACGCCCGUGAGCACACCUGCCAAUUCGAUGCCCUCCUCGCCUAACCUCCCUCCGAACGAGCUGCGAAAUAAUCCCGAGGACCCGUUUUGGAUAGCUGACAACAACGGGGGUUACCCACACCCGCAAAUGUAUCCGCAAGCUUUCGGGCUGAGCCCCGAGGACGCGGUCGAAGCCCUCAUCGGGGUCACAACGCAGCAGGGACACCCGCAGCCGCCUUUCCCGGUCGACUACGAAGGCUACAACCAGCUCGGCGAGACCGCGCAUCACUACUCGGAGCUCUCGGCCCCCCCGCAAAUGCUCCCAAGCAGCCACUGCCAAGACCCCUACCUCAAGACCGACGUGGGCAGCGCCUCCCCAAAGUCCCCGGGCGAGGUCGGCGGAGCGCACCACAGCCACGGCCACCUUCAGGGCCAGCACAGGAGAAGCAACGCCGAGUACCACUUCUCAGACGACCAGCUGGUGUCCAUGUCGGUCCGGGAGCUAAAUCGGCUCCUCCGGGGGCUGAGUAAGGACGAAGUGAUGCGCCUGAAGCAAAAGCGGCGAACCCUGAAAAACCGAGGGUACGCGCAGUCGUGCCGCUACAAACGCGUGCAGCAGAAACACGUCCUCGAGCACGAGAAGACCAGCCUGGUGUCCCAGGUCGAGCAGCUCAAACACGAACUGAACAGGCUGGUCCGGGAGAGGGAUGCGUACAAACUCAAGUGCGAGAAACUGUCCGGUGCAAACUGUUACCACGAAACCGGGUCAACCAGUGACAACCCGUCCUCCCCCGAAUACUUCAUGUGAGCUGUUGAUUCUUCGCGAGAACUCAACUGCAGCUACUUUUCAAUAAGCAGCAGCCAACUUCGCUUUUUAAACAAUCACUUUUUUUCCUGGUUUAAUUGGUGGAAAGCUGAAAUGUAUCUAAUGAUAGCAGGGCGAUUCAACACGUGAUCAAUGAAGACGCCCGAGCUGAACAUGCAUGCAGGACAUGUGUGAGCACAUUAUAGCGACAUAUCUGCAUUUUGUGUGAAAUUACAUCAUUGAAAUCACCCCCUGCAGUUUCCUUUAUUUCAUUUUAAUCUUUUUUUUUCAGAUUUUGUUUGGCUUGGAUUUUUUUUUUUUACCUCUUCUUUUGAGUUCCUGUUGAUUAAAAUACACGUUGAAGACAAUGAUGCUAGUUUUCUCUGCAGCAUUAUUUUUUACUGAGCUGAUUCUGCUGGGCAGAUGUCUUCUUUACUUGCUUGUCUUUUUUCUUUUUUAAAAAGAAAACACAGUUAUGCAAAUUGUUUUUUGGUUUUUCAAAUACAGUACUGUGGAUCAAUAAAACUAUUGUGACUUUUUACACCUCA